GUGUAAACAGUGAGGAGAAGAAAAAACCGUUAUUAUAAGAAGGGUAAAAGGGGAUAUAUUUUGAAACUGUAAGUUGAAUAGUUUCAUCAUUUUCAUGGGUGACUUGGUAAAGGUGUAGUCAAGUACUAAUUAGAUCAUUAUACAUUUUGUUCAAAUAUCUACUACGUUGAAAUGUAUCUGCACAUGUAAUUAAUUGAUAACAUGAAUAAAAUAUAUGAAAUGAAGAAAUUUACACAUAACUAUCCUUAUAAGUUAUAACAUAUCUUACAAGUAACAUGUCUAACACUUCAAGACAAAAACAUAUUUAUUUGCAAGGAAGGUGUUAAGUAAAGUAGUAAUCCAGAAAAGAAAAAAAAUCUAAACAGAAGAAGCAAAGCAUAUAAAGCAAACAUUAUUACAGCAUCAUUGAAACCAACAACUCCUCACAAAAAAAAAAAUUCUUUUAAAAUCCUAAAGGAAGCAUAUGGAAGAAGUAGAAGAUGGAGACGCGUCUACGCCGUUCUGGCUUCAAUCCCGCCGCAAUAACACUUACUUCCGCCGUACCUCUAGUCUCGGCGGCCGCGCAACCACCGUCGCCACACAAGCAUUCUUCGCCGGAGCCGCUGCGAUCCUCAUAGUCUACUUCAUCAUCCCUCCAUUCUUCACCUCCGUUUCACAGUUUCUCCGACCGCAUUUGGUCCGUAAAAGCUGGGACUAUCUCAACUUCGUUCUCGUCCUCUUCGCCGUCAUCUGCGGUUUCCUCAGCCGCAACACCACCGGUGACGACGAAAGCAAUCACAACAAGGAAGAAGUCAGUAAAAACAAAUUCUCGUCGAUCAUCGAUCGAGGCAGUGUAUCUAACGGUGAUCAGUUUCGUGAUCAGAGGGUGUACAAGAGGUAUAGCAGUUUACGUAGUAGUAGCUCGUAUCCAGAUCUGCGGCUCAGAGGAUUUGAAUCCGAUGAACGGUGGAGAUUUUACGACGAUACACGUGUAAGUCAAUGCCGUUACGAGGCUUUAGAUCCGACCAAUCGAAAUCAAGAAGAUGGCGGCGGUUCUGAUACUGAGAAAGUUGAGGUCGUUGCGACGGCGGAAGCUGAAGUAGUAGAAGAGUUAACAUCGCCUUCUAAUCCGCGGCCUCUGCCUUCUGCUCCGCCGUAUCCUUUUCCUGCCACGCCGUCUCCGCCUCGUGCUCCUCCACCGUCGAAGCCGGCAAAGAGGAAGACAAAGAGAGUGUACCAAAACGUCCCUGCGGCGAGGCCUCCGAUUACUCCGGUUCCAGCUCCGGCGACGGUGAAUCAAAAGAUUAGUAAACAGGAGAAAGGCGGAGCAAGUAAGGACUUUCUUGUUGCUCUACGGAGAAAGAAGAAGAAACAGAGACAACAGAGCAUCGACGGUCUCGAUUUACUCUUCGGCUCCGAUCCUCCGUUCGACUAUACACCGCCGCAUCCUCCUCCGCCUCCACCUCCACCACCUUUCUUCCAGGGACUCUUCUCGUCUAAAAAAGGCAAAAGCAAAAGAACCUAUUCAACUCCGCCGCCGCCUCCGCCGCCUCCACCUCAUCGGAACUAUGAAUCAUGCUCAUCAAUGGCGAAGAGACACAAUUCUCCAUCCGAAGCAACUCAAUUCAUAGGCACUGGAAGCGAAUCACCAUUACUGCCGAUCCCGCCGCCACCUCCUCCACCGCCGUUUAAAAUGCCGGCGUGGAAAUUCGUGAAGCGUGGAGAUUACGUCAGGAUGGUUAGCAACAUCAGCAUAAGCUCUGACGAACCUGAUGAUGAUGAUGAUCACGAUGUAGCUCAAUCAAGCUCAGUGGGGAGCAUGUUCUGUCCGAGCCCCGAUGUGGAUACCAAAGCUGAUGACUUCAUAGCGAGGUUCAGAGCUGGACUCAAGUUGGAGAAGAUCAACUCCGUGAAAAGAGGGAGAUCCAAUUUAGGACCCGAACCCGAAUCUUAAACGGGUUUAUAAAAUCCUUAAAAGGCCUAGGCCCAUGUGUACAGACGUUGAUUUCUCUUUUUGGAGUGUUUCAUUCUUGAUCGUCGAUCCCUUUUUUUGGUGUGUAUAUGAAGUAUACUAUUGUGUUGUGCUUUUUCUCUCUUAUAUAUUUUCGUCUACGAAUUUUUGUAUUUUGUAUGUGGUGUAUACAACUUUAGCCCGUCA